AUGAAUGGUAGUUCAAAUAAUGAUAACGAAGUUAUAGUUCUAACGCAAGAUAUCACCUAUCCACCAGUUACACCAAGUAAGCAACAACCGUUGUCAAAUAAUAAUUCACCUACACCUAGUUUCAAGUCCCCUAAAAGGAACAAUACGCUUUCUCCAUUACGGAAAAAACAACAGCAGCAACAACAGCCGAAACCAGCAGCAUUGUCGUCGUCAUCAUCAUCAUCAUCGUCUAGAGAGCACAUAUCAAGAAGUAAUACAUCUUCAAAUUCUGCACUAUCUCAAAGCCAUCAGGUUUCUGAAGAAGAAUUCAAAUCACUACAAAGAAGUUUUGCUGAUUCAUUGUUGAAUUUCAAUAAUCUUGAGAAUGAAAAUCAAAGAUUACAACAUGACUUGACUAUUAAGACUACUCAAUUAGAAAAUCAACUUGAAAGAAUUCAUUAUCUAGAGCAAAGCAUUAAAGAAGCCGAGAUGGACAAUCUACAUAAUCAGGAUAUUCUUAAUAAACAAGUUGAGAUGUAUAAAGAGAUGAUUGAUAAAUUGCAAACAAAAAUAGUUGAAUUGAAUGAUGAGUUGGAGAGAAAACCACCCCUUGAAACCAUUGAUGCUCUGUUGUUUAAAAAAUAUGAAAAAUUGGUUCGCGAUUAUAAAAUACUUGAUAGUCAGUUUGAAGUGGAAAGAAACUCGAAAUUGGUGUUGAUUGAUCAAAUUGAAUUUCUUCUGCGUAAAAAUGAAGACUUGAUUAAACAAAUUGGAGCUCCCAUUGAAGAAAGUGAUAAUGAAAGUGAUGCAAAUGUUGAUUAUUUAGCCGAUCUUACUGAUAAUGUGACUCAUACAAUGAAUGAGUUGACCGAUGAUGAACAUGAACAAGAACAAAAAGCUUCAGUUAUUUCCCCUGGGCUAAAUAUUUAUCAUGGAAUUGCUUAUCAAUCUUCACCAAUUAAACUGUAUGAUGAUUCCAAUUCUUCUGUUAAAGUAUCACCCAACUUCCAGUUUCCCCCUCCUCCUCCUCCUCCUCCUACCUCACACUUACCAUGUCUAUCAGAACAACAGCAACGACAACAACAACAACAAAGCUCAACAUUCCCACCUUCACCCGAGCCAGAAUGCAAAGACAAAAAGAGACUGUCACUACCUACUCAUUUGAAACAAAAACAUACAGGCGAAGAAGAUGAUGAUGAAGGUAUUGAUUUUGUGUUAUCACCAUUCAAGCUAACUCCUUCUCAGGCACUAUAUGCAAAUGAUGAUCUGAGUGUUUUCCCUGAUGACAACGGAAAUGCAGGUGUUAUCAAAAGGUAUUCGGCAACCAAACCAACCCAUUCAAGAUACAACAGUCAUGAUCUUGUGCCCAUCAAAGUUGAAUUUGAAAAAUUGGAAUCCGGUAUAAGAAGCACUUCGGUUCCAGAAAAAUCUUUGAAAGAACUGCUGACAUGUGAAACCAUUGAUGAAAAUACUGGCAAUGGUAACAUUAAAAUGUCAAAGUAUAGAAAUGGUACAUUAUUUGCUUUGAAUGGAUAUACACAUAAUAAUAAUAAUAAUGAUGAUGAUGAUGAAGGUGAUAAUGAUUAUGAUGACAGACCAACAAAUAUAUCCAAAAACUUUUCUGAAAUGGAUAUUUCAUCGAAAAGAUCAAGCUAUUUAAACAGUGACGAAAAGACUAAACAAGAGAUAAUGAAAUUAAAAUUUGAAUUGAGAUCAUUAAAAUUACAUAAUGAGAAAUUAUUAUCAUUUAUUGGAUUUGAAUUACAGAAACAAAGAAAUAAUCUUAAGAAAUUGUCAAGAAAACAAUCAGCAAGAUUAUUGGCUGGUUCUAAAAACAUUGAAUAUUCCGAUGCCAAAUUAAUUGAGAAAUCCCGAGAUUUAUUAAUUAAUAAGAAACGGGUAUUACGUUCAGUAUCGAUUAAUACUGGAUUUAAAGAUAGGUUCCCAAUUAAGAAUAUUGGAAUUAUUGCUCCUAAUAGUGAGCCGGCAUAUGUUAAUCAUUAUGAUGAAGAUGAUUUUAUUGAUGAUAGUCAUGAUUUCCUUGAUAUGAAUUCGCUUUCACAUAACGAUAAAAUGAUUAAAAAAUUUGCAUCACAAGUGUUCAGCAACACUAAAGCCUUGUAUGAAUAUGAUCUGGAUAGUGAUUUUGAAAAUACUUCACAUUGGGUUCUUGAAGAAGGCGAAGAGGGAAAUGAGCAUGAUGAUGAAGAUAAUUUGACUCCAAACACUAGUGGCAGUAGUAGUGAAGAAGAACAAAUUGGGGUUUUCCGUCAAAUCAAACACAUGGUUAUUGGAGGUGAGGCCGUUAAUAAAUCCAAGAAAAAGAGAUCUAAAAAAGAUGAUCAACAUUUAGUGGAUGAUGGAUUAAAAUUUAAGUUCUUGACUAUUGCAUUGGGUAUAGUGAUUAUUGGAUUGAAAUUAACUCCUCAUAAUAACCAAAACAUUACCAGAUAA